AUGGAAACAAAGGAAAACACCAUUAAAAACAAGGAAGUUAAUUUAAAAACUAGUUUGGACUUAAAAUUAGCAGACGACAAUCAGUAUAAUGAGAAUAUAAUUAAACAUAAUAAAAAUUCAUUGAUUCUGAGUAAACAAUUUUAUGGGAUAAUUGGUGGAAUUACAGUUGGAAUUUUGGGAGUUCAAGGUAUUUAUGGUUUUCUCUUGUUUUCUAUAUUUACUCUAAUAGGUACACUAAUGACCUUCUUUCAUAUUAGGACUAGUUUUAAAUCCUUUUUUUUAAAAAAGUCAGAUAUCUUUGUCGGUGAUUUCUUUAGUGGAUUAAUAACCUUUAUUUUGUUUUGGACCCUAUCUUACGACAUAAUAUACAUUUUUUAA